AUGUCGGGCCAUCACCAUGUCGAUAGGUCCACGCAGGAGGGAAGUGAUGAAGAUCCCGAGGAUGUAGUUGAUGCAAGACCAGAUAGAAGUAGCAGAUUCUCACUUUUUGGAAAAAAAAGGAAAAAUGGAGAAGAAGAACAGCCAAAGUCCUCUCUCAGUAAUCAGUACCGAAUUGUUACACCCACAUUCCAGUAUAAAAUGGACUACAAGAAAGUUGGCAAAUGCAUUAUUAUAAACAACAAAAAUUUUGAAGACAAAACAGGAAUGGGUACACGCAAUGGCACUGAUAAAGAUGCUGGAGAUCUAGCUAAGAGUUUUAGAAACUUAGGGUUUGAGGUUUGCACAUACAAUGACCGAAGCCGUAAUGAUAUGGAAAAAUUACUGAAGCAAGCUGCUGAGGAGAAUCACAGUGAUGCUGCUUGUUUUGCCUGUAUCCUUCUAAGCCACGGGGAAGAAGGCCUCAUCUAUGGCACUGAUGGACCCAUGGCUAUCAAGAGUUUGACUGCGCUGUUCAGAGGAGACAAGUGUAAAAGCCUUAUAGGCAAACCCAAAUUAUUUUUCAUUCAGGCGUGCAGAGGCUCUGAAUUCGAUGAAGGUAUACAAACUGACUCUGGACCUGCAAAUGACACUCUGGAAACUGAUGCCAAUCCAAGAUACAAAAUCCCAGUAGAAGCAGAUUUUCUCUUUGCAUAUUCCACAGUACCAGGUUAUUACUCCUGGAGGAAUCCUGGAAGAGGCUCUUGGUUUGUGCAGUCUCUGUGCUCUGUGCUAAAUGAGCAUGGAAAACAACUUGAGAUCAUGCAGAUCCUCACGCGGGUCAACUAUGUGGUUGCCACAAAUUUUGAAUCACAGUCUGAUGAUCCUCGCUUCAGUGAGAAGAAGCAGAUUCCCUGCGUGGUCUCUAUGCUCACCAAGGAACUUUACUUCUGAAAGUGUAUUUUAAUGCAACCAGUGAUGAAAGAUCAGGAUAUGGUUUUGGGUGGCGAUUUGAUUAUAAACUGGAGUAGCACAUUCUUAAUAACAGAAGUGUAAUGACACUAGAUUUUUAUAU